AUUGUCACCGUGUGGGUGUAUGAUCCAGAAAGUGCCAGCACUGAAGAGCUGAUAUGGACAGCAAAGAAACCUUCACUGAAUUCCUUGGUACUAACCAAGCAGUUGUAUAGCCUGGGGCAGCGUCCUUCCAUAUUCACAGUUGAGAAGAGGCUCAUGUACCACCCAGGUCCCUUAACUUCAGAAGGAACCUGGGUCUUUCACCUGCCAAUGUCCUCAGAUGAUAUAGCCAAAGUGAUACAAGGUAACAAAGUGGCUUUCCAGGACUGCCUCAUUGAAGAUCUCUCCUUCAUGCUGACAUAUCCCAUGAAUAUUGUUUCUGAGCCUCCUGGAUAUCUGCCACUCACCCUGCCACCUGGAAGUCCAUUGCUGCUUAGCUGGGAUACCUGUAUCUCUACAUUUGCUCUCUUAGCCACUGACCAGGAAACCUUCCAAACAAAUGAUUCCUUUCACACCUGGACCAGAGUAAGAGCCCCUCCAGGUAUCCUGAGUGAUGCUCAAAGGCACAGACUGAGGGAUGUACUCCUAUUCAGAAAAGGAAUUCUGUUUCUAGUAGAAACUACUCUUUACCUAAAAACAAAUGAUGAAUUUAUAAAACUGAACGAAAGCAGAGGUAUUCCUUCAACUGGAGUUAUUGGCUUUUCACAAAGAAGAUGGUGUCAGAUUAGAUNUUUAUAUAAGACUGCAGCAGGACGAACUUUCAUGUUAGCAUGGACAAAAAGUAUAAUUUACGGUGGAUAUGGUAAUUUUAAAUUUGUGGUAUACUCAACUACUUCACGGCUAAAACGUCUUCUAAGGCGCCCUCCCACUGACACCCUGGAAAUAAUUACUGUUGAGUAUUCAUGGCACCCACUGGAGGCUGCCGUUCUGCUGUCAUACUGCUCGGUCUGCACCGCCACCAGAACCAUUCUCUUGGUGACAUUUAAUUCAGCGUAUAGAUUGAUGAAACUUCAGGACUUUAAACUGCAUGUGCCCAAGGAGGCCAUUUUAGACUUUCGCUUUCUUUACUCUGCCGUGCCUGAUAUUAUCCUGUGGGACCAACACCACGUUUACUAUAGCUACAGUAAUUUCGCUGUUGUUGGAACUAUAUCAACAGCUUCAGGAGAGACCAAUCUGUCAUCGUUAUCACAGGGCAGCCAAGUCCACCAAGUCCUUACAGGUAGGGUAUUCUCAAUCCUGCUAAAAGUAUUCUGGGUCUUAUUAUAUUAG